GCCCAAUACAAAACGUACAAAAGGCGGCUUUGAGACUUGAAAAGUCGAUCAGUUGAGAGUUCCAACACAAAAGCAGAGGUCUAGGUUAGUAGUAGUACUCCGCACCGCAAAUAGUGUUGAAUAUACGGAGUAGGAAUACGUAGUAUUUCGUAGACCUGUACUUUGGCGGGAUUUGUUUUUGAAGGAGUACUUAAAAGGCCAGUGAAAGAAGAAUAUAGGCUGUCUCUGGUCUUUGGUCAAUAAAAUGGAAGAUGGCUCAUAUACAUCGGAAGAGAAGGCAACAAUAAUAUCAACUGGCGAAGGCGAAGAAGGUCCGGCGAUCGGAAUCGAUCUGGGGACAACUUACUCUUGCGUUGGAGUUUGGCAGCCACAGCAUGACCGCGUGGAGAUCAUCACCAACGAUUUGGGCAACCGUACGACGCCGUCAUGGGUUGCCUUCACGGAAACCGAACGCCUUAUCGGUGAAGCUGCCCAGAACCAGGCCGCAAAGAACCCAUCCAAUACCAUCUUCGAUGUGAAAAGGCUGAUAGGUAGAAAGUUUGGUGAUGAAAUAGUACAAAGUGAUAUGAAACAUUGGCCAUUUAAAGUCAUAGCUGGACCUGACAAUGACUGCGGAGAGAAACCUAUAAUAGCUGUGACUCACAAGGGUGAAGAGAAGCAAUUUGCAGCUGAAGAGAUAUCCUCAAUGAUCCUCUACAAGAUGAAGAGCAUUGCAGAGGCUUACCUAGGCAAACAAGUCAAGAAAGCCGUUAUAACUGUUCCUGCAUAUUUCAAUGAUUCUCAGCGUCAAUCAACAAAAGAUGCUGGUGUCAUUGCUGGUCUUGAGGUGUUACGCAUAAUAAAUGAGCCCACUGCUGCUGCAAUUGCAUAUGGUCUUGAUAAGAAAGGAGAAACUGGGAUUGGUGAUUCUGGUUUGAAGAACAUAUUGGUUUUUGAUCUUGGUGGUGGUACUUUUGAUGUCUCCAUUGUCGCAAUAGAAAAUGAUGUGUUUGAAGUCAAAGCAGUUAAUGGGAACACACACCUCGGUGGAGGGGACUUUAAUAACAGAAUGGUGAGCCACUUUGUUGCUGAGUUCAAUAAGAAACACAAAAAAGAUGUAAGUGAAGAUCCUAGGGCUCUUGGGCGGUUGAGGGCAGCUUGUGAAAGGGCCAAGAGAGUACUCUCUACAACUACCGAAACGUCCAUUGAUAUUGAGUGUCUCUGUGAGGGGAUUGAUUUCUCUUCAAAUAUCACGCGUGCACGACUUGAGAAUAUGAAUUUGGAUUUGUUUGAAGAUUGUUUGGACCCUGUUGAAAAGUGUUUAAAGGAUGCCAAAAUGGAGAAGAGCGACAUUCAUGAUGUUGUUCUGGUUGGUGGGUCAACUCGAAUUCCCAAGGUUCAGGAAUUAUUGCAAGGCCUCUUCCAGAGAAAGCAACUCUGCAAAAGUAUAAACCCUGAUGAAGCUGUUGCCUAUGGAGCAGCUUUUCAUUCUGCUGCCCUGACUGGUGCCUGUUAUGGUGUGCAUAAGGAUGUUGUGCUUGUGGAUGUUACUCCUUUAUCUCUUGGUAUAAGCUUGCAUGGUGGUAAAAUGUCUGUUGUCGUUCCGAGGAAUACUACCAUCCCUACGAAGAUUAGAGUGAAAGACUACUACCACACUGCUAUUGACUACCAAACCAGUUGUCGGUUCCGUGUGUUUGAGGGAGAGAUGCCCUUAGCAGAACAGAACAACUUCUUGGGCAAAUUUUGGCUUCAUGACAUUCCUUCAGCACCAAGAGGUGAUGUUAAGUUUGAUGUUGAUUUUGACAUCGAUGCUAAUGGCAUUUUGACUGUGUCAGCAGAACUGGUUGGUAGUAACAACAGGGACCAAAUAACUAUAAUUGACCAUACUGGGAAGUUGUCAAAGGAGGAGAUUGAUCGGAUGGUGAAGGAGGCAGAGGAGUAUAAGGCUCAGGAAGAGGUGAGCAAAAAGGCAUCCAAGGCUAAAAAUACUUUGGAGAAUUACAUUCACCAUGCUAGGGGUAUAUUGAGAGUCUGUGGAAAGAAGGUGGGGGUGAAGGACAGAAACAUUUAUGGACACAAUUGAGAAGACUGAUCAAUGGUUAGAGUGGAAUUACUUGCUUUGUGAUGCUGUCAAGUUUGAGGAAAAGAGGAAAGAGCUUGAGAUCCUAUGUGAGUACAUUGUCACAAAGAUGCAACCUCGGCAGGGAAAGCGCAGGUCCCAGGCCUUGCAUCAUUGAAAUAAAUGACUUGCUAACGCUGAUGAACCCUGAAGCUUGUAGUUUUUGUAGGCAGAUUAUGGAAGUUCAUAACCUUUUUUGGUAUAUCAGACUGCGAAUGUUUAGGAUGAACCUUGAAACGUGGGUUUAGUUUCAUUUUCUUCUCUGAUUUAUCUGCACACCAGUAAAAUCUUAUGCCCCUAACUUUUAGUCUCUUUCUCUUCUGACUCUUGGAUUUCCAUUGUCU